UUCUAGGAUCACUCACCUCCCCGGGCAGACAGGGCCCCCAAGGGGUAGGGGGAGAGACUAAGAGUUACCUGGCAGAAGCAGGCUGCCAACGGAUGCAAAGGAGAGCAUCCAGAAGGUGAGAUGCUCCCUCCCCUGAGUCCCCAGAGGUUAGUGAUUCUUUGGUGAGACUGCUGAUUCUCUCUGGCCUCCCGUUUUUGCUCCAUCAUCCUGGGAGGCCCCCCUCUCCCUGUUAUGGCCCCCCAGACACUGUGGCCCCACUGAAAUCCUCUGACUGCGGCUCUUGCCAAUGAAAGAGGGAUGUAAACAUCUCUCCAGAACUCAAGCCACCCACUGACAAGAAGCUGGGUCCCCACUCAAGCCGCACCACUCCCCACAGGAGCUCUAAGUGUGAGGCAAGGGGAGAGUGGGACCCCAUUCGCCCCCCUGAGCAGGUCCCGCUGGGGUGGAACCCCUCCGGGACACAAGCCCCCCACCAUGGGGGCCACGGCCUUCCACCUGCCGAGGCCCGUGGCCUUGCUUUUGCUGCUGCUGGAGCUGCCAGCGGGCAGGGCGCUGGUGCGGGCGGUGUCCGAUGGCAGGGCCAGCUCCGUGGACUUCAGCGACGCCCCUGCCCUGUUCGGGGCUCCCCUGUCUGAGGACGGCGUCCGAGGCUACCUGAUCGAGGCCCGACCACCCAACGCCUGCCAGCCCAUCGAGGGCCCGGUGCCGUCCAACCACUCCCUGGGCUCCAUCGCGCUGGUCCGGCGCUUCGACUGCACCUUCGACCUCAAGGUCCUCCAUGCGCAGCAGGCCGGCUACCAGGCCGUCAUCGUCUACAACGUCCACUCCAACGACCUGGUCAACAUGGUGCACGUGUACGACGACAUCCGGCAGCAGAUCGAGAUCCCGUCGGUGUUCGUCGGCGAAGCCACGUCCCAGGACCUGCGGGUCAUCCUGUGCGGCCACAAGGACGCCCACGUCCUCCUCCUCCCCAACCACCGCCACUACUCGGAGCUGGACUGCCACCCCGUCCUGUCCAUCUCCUGGGUGCUGGGCCGCGUGGUGACCCUGCUGAUGUCCACGCUGCUCAUCAUCAGGAGAGUCUGGCUGUACUGGUGGCGGUGGCGGGAGCGCAGCGGCGCCGUGGCCAAGACCCCCGUCCGCAAGAAGAUGCACCUGCGGGCCUUCACCUGCCACAACGACGUCUGCGCCAUCUGCCUGGACGAGUACGAGGAGGGGGAUCAGCUGAAAGUCCUGCCCUGCACCCACAUCUACCACUGCAAGUGCAUCGACCCCUGGUUCUCCCAGGCCCUGCGCAGGACCUGCCCCAUCUGCAAGCAGCCCGUGGCCACCGCGGAGGAGGGCUCCGACUCCAACCCCGAGAGCCUCAGCGAGGACGAGUCGGCCAGAUCCCGGCUGGACCACCGGGCCGCCGAGGUGCUGACCCUGGUCCGCCAAGCGCCCUCCCACACGGACAGCUCCAGUCACAGAACCGAAGGGUCCGAGGCCGAGGUGGUGCCUCGAAGGGAACCCUCCCUCCCCUGAGACGUCCCCUCAGGCCCUGCCCCCUCCUCACUCCCCGCCCCCUCUCCUUCUCCCAGCCAGCUGGCUGUGUUGGCUGCUCCUGGGACCCGGCUGAACACCACCGCGUGCCCGUGUCCGGCACGGCUUGGCUUGCCUCGGUAGAAGCCCAGAUGCUGCAGUACCUGUUUGGAAAUGCAAAACUUUAUAGGCCGGAGACAAUAAAAUGCAUUUGAAAUCAGGUU